AUGCAGGUGAGGAAGGACAAGAGAAGGCGUGUAUCCAAAGAAGAAAAACUCCAUUGCAGUGCCACUCCCAGAAAAAGCAUUCAAGGGCUGAUAGAUGAUCAAUUCCAAGUGUUAGUUAGACUAGAGGAUAUUGUAAAUGCAGAUGCAGAUGCAGAUGCAGACGCAGACGCAGGCCCCAAAUCUGAUUCACGACGUGUCGGUCAGACACUGCCAUUGACAAUGCAUCCAAUCGGCAUCCCCAAAUCCGCCGCGAAGCCUUUAGAAAACUCUAUUGUUGAUCCCUCACAUGCUGUACCGUGCUCUGAUCCAUCCACCAGCAAAGAGAGGCGACAAACCGUCGGUCUGCAGGCAUAA